ACCGCACCCGCCUAGACUCGCCUACGUUUCAGCCGAGGCUAGGCGCAUCUCAAACAAGCCCAAUAAUUCAGGGACAAACGCACAAAACGUGCACGUAACGUGGCGCCAUCAUCGCUCGUGCUAAAAAAAAAGUGGAAGUAAAUUAGUUGAUGUUUCGACUUUAAACAGCCAGGAAUUUUACAACAGGAAUAUCAGUGUGUUUUUAGAGGAACCUUUAUAAAAACAUUUGUGUGAACAUACAAUAACAUUGUGUAUUUGACUGAACGCCACGUCUCUUGAUCCUGUCUGAGGAAAAGCUGAAUUAUUGUGUUUGUACAAGAUCUUCCAUCCAGAGUCAGUGUUGGAGAUCAGAUUCUGUUUCAACUGUUCAGAUUCAUCAUGGAUGACACACAAACAUCCAGAGAUGAAGAUUUUUCUCCAGGAUUCAGUUCAGUUCAUCAGAAGAGAUCAGAACCAGAGCCCAGCUUUGUGUCUAUGAGGAGUGACUGGUCUAUGGAUCCACCAGAAAAUUUUAAGAGUGGAGAUACACAGACUGAUCUCAGUUCAGUUCACCAGAAGAGAUCAGAACCAGAGUCCAGCUGUGUGUCUAUGAGGAGUGACGAGUCUAUGGGUCAUAAAAUACAUUUUCCGAGUGGAGAUACACAGACUGAUCUGAGCCAUGAAGUCCUCAACAGGUUUAGAUCAAAUCUGAUGAAGAAGUUUGAGUGUCUGUAUGAGGGAACAGCACAGCAGGGAAACCCAACACUCCUGAAUGAGAUCUACACAGAGCUCUACAUCACAGAGAGUGAGAGUGGAGAGAUCAGUAAUGAGCAUGAGGUGAGACAGAUUGAGACACAAUCCAGGAGAGCAGCAACAGAGGACACACCGAUCCAAUGCAAUGACAUCUUUAGACCUUUACCUGGACAAGACAAACCCAUCAGAACUGUGCUGACAAAGGGAGUCGCUGGCAUUGGAAAAACAGUCUCUGUGCAGAAGUUCAUCCUGGACUGGGCUGAAGGGAAAGAGAAUCAGGACGUCCAGCUCAUAUUUCCACUUCCUUUCAGAGAGAUCAAUUUGAUGAAGGACAAAACACUCAGUCUUUCUGAUCUUCUUCAUGUCUUUUUCCCUGAAACAAAAGAAAUGGUAAUAUUCAGUGACAAAUAUAAAGUGUUGUUCAUCUUUGAUGGUCUGGACGAGUGUCGUCUGUCUCUGGAUUUUCAGAGCGAUGUGAGGUUGUGUGAUGUAAGUGAAUCAGUCUCAGUGGACGUGCUGCUGACGAACCUCAUUACGGGGAAUCUGCUUCCCUCUGCUCUCAUCUGGAUCACCUCCAGACCAGCAGCAGCUGAUCUCGUCCCCUCUGAGUGUGUCCAUCGAGUGACAGAGGUACGAGGAUUCAAUGAGCCACAGAAGGAGGAAUACUUCAGGAAGAGAAUCAGUGAUCAGAGUCUGGCCAAUACGAUCAUCACACACCUGAAGUCAUCAAGGAGCCUCUACAUCAUGUGCCACAUCCCAGUGUUCUGCUGGAUCUCAGCCACUGUUCUAGAGAAGAUGUUGAGUGAAGCAGAGAGUGGAGAGAUUCCCAAGACUCUCACUCAAAUGUACACACACUUCCUGAUCCUUCAGACCAACAUCAAACAUGAGAAGGACUAUGAGAAGAAAGUGAAAGAUAAAGACAUGAUCCUCAAACUGGGGAAAGUGGCUUUUCAGCAGCUUGUGAAAGGCAAUGUGAUCUUCUAUGAGGAAGACCUGAGAGAGUGUGGCAUUGAUGUGAGAGAAGCAUCAGUGUACUCAGGAUUGUGCACUCAGAUCUUCAGAGAGGAGUUUGGCUGGUAUCAGGGGAAAGUCUUCUGCUUUGUUCAUCUGAGCAUUCAGGAACAUCUAGCGGCUCUAUAUGUGCACCUCUCCUUCACUAACAACAACAGAAAUGUGUUUGAGCCCAUCACUAAACAGAGUUUGCAGUGUAAAGUUAAGGACUGGCUUCCACUUAAUUUAUUUAAACAUGUUUCAUUAUCUAAGCUGCAUCAGAGAGCUGUGAAUGAGGCUCUACAGAGUAAAAAUGGACAUCUGGACCUUUUCCUGCGAUUUCUUCUGGGUCUUUCAGUGGAGUCUCAUCAGAUUCUUCUAAAAAGAGUAAUGAAACAGAGAAGAAGCAGAUCUGACAGCAGUGCGGAAACAGUUGAGUACAUCAAGAAGAAGAUCAGGACCAUUGACUCUCCAGAGAAAUCCAUCAAUCUGUUCCACUGUCUGAAUGAACUGGGUGAUCAUUCACUAGUGGAGGAAAUACAACAGUAUCUGAAAUCUGGAAGACUAAAGGAAGCCAAUCUCUCUUCAUCUCAGUGGUCAGCUGUAGUCUUUGUGUUGUUGACAUCAGAGAAGAAGCUGGAAGUGUUUGACAUUAAUACAUUUGUUGGAGGAAACAAUAAAGCUGAAAAACUGAAAGUUUAUCUGAAGCUGCUGCCUGUGAUUAAAGAAUCCAGAUCAGUUCAGUUGGUUGAUUGUGAUCUCACAGAUGAAGGUUGUGCUGCUCUGACUUCAGCUCUGAGAUCAAACCCCUCACACCUGAGAGAACUGAAUCUGACUGGGAAUAAAAUAGGAAAUUCAGUGAAUCUGCUGUCUGAUGUACUACAGGAUCCUCACUGUAAACUGGAGAAACUGUGGUUGAGAGAUUGUGGAGUCACAGAUGAAGGUUGUGCUGCUCUGACUUCAGCUCUGAGAUCAAACCCCUCACACCUGAGAGAACUGAAUCUGACUGAGAAUAAACUGGGUAAUUCAGUGAAUCUUCUCUCUGCUGUACUACAGGAUCCUCACUGUAAACUGGAGAAACUGUGUUUGAGAUAUUGUGGCGUCACAGAUGAAGGUUGUGCUGCUCUGACUUCAGCUCUGAGAUCAAACCCCUCACACCUGAGAGAACUGAAUCUGUCUGAGAAUAAACUGGGUGAUUCGGUGAAUCUGCUGUCUGAUGUACUACAGGAUCCUCACUGUAAACUGGAGAAACUGUGGUUGAGAUAUUGUGGAGUCACAGAUGAAGGUUGUGCUGCUCUGACUUCAGCUCUGAGAUCAAACCCCUCACACCUGAGAGAACUGGAUCUGUCUAGGAAUAAAAUAGGAAAAUCAGUGAAUCUGCUGUCUGAUGUACUACAGGAUCCUCACUGUAAACUGGAGAUACUGGAGUUGAGAGAUUGUGGAGUCACAGAUGAAGGUUGUGCUGCUCUGACUUCAGCUCUGAGAUCAAACCCCUCACACCUGAGAUAUCUGGAUCUGACUGGGAAUAAUCCAGGAAAUUCAGGACGUAAACUGCUCACUGAUCUAAAGAAUUCUCCACAUUAUAAACUAGAGACACUGUGGUUUUUUUUAGGAAAUUCCCAUUCCAAAUCCAGCUCCACACACUCUCCUCACUGACACUCUCUUCUUUCUCCACUCUAACUUGAGAAAUUCAGCACAGUGUUUAUAAACUCCUCUGAGCUGAAUCACGCAGCAGAAACCACAGGAUCCUGAAGCAGAGAGCUCAGAGAGCUGACAGAGAGCACACCGUUUGUGUUUCUUGUUAUACAUACUGAAUACAGAUUGAUAGAUUAAUAAUUAUAGCUUUUUUUAAGACAGGGUUUUAUAAAUGUUAAUGAUGACUGUACAGUAUGUGAGUUAUACACUAACUCUGUUAACUUGUAUAUAUGUAUAUAUAAAAUACUGUAUAACUGUAUAAAUAACAUACAUUUCUGACUGGACUGUAUUAAAGUCUCUCACUCACAUAAAAUGACACUAUUGUCACUUUAAAACUACUUUGCAGCACAAUUUGAAUUUGUGUCAUAAUUGAUCACUAAUGUGAUGUUGAUGAAGCUCUAGUGUAAAUGGAGAUGAGAAUAUAGUAGUGCUGUAAUCAUGAAGUGUCUUUUCAAAGCUGUUGUGUAAGAAACUCCAUUUCCAUGUCAAAUAAUGUUUAUCAUUGGUUUUUAAAUGUAAACUGCAGACUUUAUACAACUAAGCAGCAUUUUAUUUCAUAUUCAGGUGUCUUUAAAAAUCACAUUUUGUGCCGUCAUCUAGUCUGAUUUGUCAUUAGUAUUACAAGAAAUCAGUGUUAUUCAUAUGUAAGCACAUAACAGUCUUUAGGUCAGUAGAAAUGAUGAUCAGCUCGUAUUGAACACAGAGAUCAACCCCAACACACAUCCAUAAACUGCUCAUAUUAAAGUGUGAAUGAUGGGUUGAUU